AUAAAAGCCCAAAAGGAGCGAAAUAUUUGUUUGCCUAAAAACCUUAUAGACAGUAGAAAAACCUUUCUUUCGAUCGAUCACAUCGUCGUGUUUCUUCUUCUCUUUGAUAACAAUGGCUUCUGCUUGUCGUAAGCUUUUUAACAGAGCUUCCGUCUCUUCCCUCAAAUCUACCCUCAGAUCAACCACCGGAUCUACGUCGGCUGCGUCAUCAGCCGGAUUUCGUCUUCCUUCUCAACCCACUCGCCAUUUCUCCUUCUCCAGAUGUCCUUCGGAGCUGGGAUGUGUUCAGUCGCUGUUACCGCUGCACAGCACGGUGGCGGCGGCGAGGCUGACGUCAUGUCUAAGCACAACUUCAAGGAGUAGCCGAGCUCUCUCUCAGGGUACACUCUGCUGCACCUCUCCCGAUCUCUAAUGCUUUUCUCUUUACUUUUCUUGUGAGUUCACUUUUUUGCUUUCCUCCAUUUGCAUUUACUCUCCUUCUUUGUUUUAAUUUUUGCUCUUUUCUGCUUGCUUUUGAUUUAUGGCUAAAUUGAUCUUAGGAGCUAAUUGAUUGCUACAAUGAAACGCUGUAUGUGUUUGAUACCUUUGCUUCUUCCUAGCUGCGUGGAAUCUUGGCCUUAUGACAUUUCUUGCUUUUGAGACUAGUUUAUUUGGUUAAGUGGAAAGUAAAGUACUCCUGAAUGUCUUUUUUUGUCCGGUGAAUUAGUUACUUAGUGUGGCUCAGUGCUGUAAGAUUAUCUCUUUGGGUCUUAACAAGUAGGAGAGAACUUAUACGGCUAAGUGAACAGAGUUUGUGGAGGAAUGUUAGAGUUUCGAGGUUUAGUGUCUAACUAUGAGUACCUGGUUGAUGCAGGCACAUAAUUUCACCAUUACCAUGUGGACCCUCUUGCAUCUUUAUCAAGUACGAACCUUUGUCAUAGCUCCAAUAGUUGAAACGAAAUCAGGGAAAUUAAGGAUUGGGGUAACUAAUGUGGGGUAAGUCACUGAAAACGUGUACAACUUAGAUUGGAAACUUAGUAAACAUACUGUCAAGUUGCAUCACAUCUGCUCAUUGUAUUUCCUUCUUUUGUUUUUUUAACUGGAAUGCCGGUUUCUGCAAGUUAGUUCGUGCUCUGUGCAUAAGAGUGUCACACAGUAACAUAGUAAUGUACAAUGCUCUUUGUCCAGAUGGAGUCGAUGGCACGUGAGAUGUGUUUGCAGUUUUUUUUAAAGGUGGGUUCUGUGAAUAAUGAUCUCUGACAAGUUAGUUUUGGGAGAAGUUAUUUAAGACGAGAUUUUAUUGUCUAGUUUUAAGGUAGCAUUGCUUUGUCAAGCUAAAUUAUUAUAGUAGAUUCAUUAAGCCAUUUGCAUCCAUCUUUUGUUUCUUCACCUCAUUCAGUGCCCUAAUUUAAUCGUGGUGAUCAUUUAUGUUUUGUUGCUCUAGAACUUGGCCUUUCAGUUCCAAGGUGACUCAAAAACCCUCAUGAAGGUGAACCAUGGAAUUAUGAAAGGGGCAGGAUCACAAAGAGUUGUUUCUUUUCUUCCCUUUGUCAAACUUAUAGAAAAGAAGUGUCUGUCAUUCUUUUUGUGACAUAUAAGUAUUAUUGAUUACACAAUCUCAUGUACUUUGAUUUAUGAUGAGAGAAAUAUUAUAUACAAAAUAUUUUGUGAUAAGUAUACUUUAUUUUGUUACUAAUAUUAUGUAGAUAACUAUUUUGUUACAAUUUCA